GAACCCGUGUCCCCUGAAUCGGCAGGCAGGCUCUCAACCACUGCGCCACCAGGGAAGCCCCUAAGUGAUUGAAUUUUAAAAGCACUUAUUGAAUCAAACCAACCUAUGCUCUUAUUGAAUUUUUAAGUUGCUCUGUUAAUUUGAUAUUAAAGCAAAAUUAAAAGAUGUCUUAGUUUUUCUCAUAGAACUUUGAUAUGUCAAAAGCCAUAUUGUCUAAAUGUGUUUCUUAAGCAAAUACUGAGUAGUGUUUUAAAUUCAGACUUAAGAGCUUCUAUUGUGAAUGUAUAAGAAUGAUUAAUACUGUUUUUAAAGACUUCUUUCUUUUAAUCAUACAUUCAGGAAAUAUUUUAAUUUCAUGGUCACAGAAUGGUGAUUAAGUAAUACCUGUUGUUUUCUUUUCUUUUCUAGUAACUAAGAGGAGAUAGUUAUUUUAUUUGUUGUAGCAAAUUCCUACAUGAAAAUUAGGCAAAUGGUAUCAUAUCUGGCCAGCUGCAACCUCCUGCCUUGACCUUCAUUCCUAGGGUUUCUUUGUUGUUGUGACUCUUGAUUAAGUGGCCUUGAGUUCAUUUUGUAAUUUUGCUAGUCAUCAGCAAAUUCACUUGUAUGACAUUAUUGUCAAGUGAGAAUGCAGUUGAGUUACUGUGAUUCCGGUAUAGGGUUGUGCCAUGUAGAAAACCUUACGUUUAUUGACAUUUACCUAUGUUCAUUGAAUUUAUCUCAUUAAAUGUCAUUACCGUUGUCUGUUGUCAAGUCUGAAUGUCUAUGCUUUAUUUGAAUUUAAAAUGGGACUUCCAACCUGUUUUAGCUCAGUUCUUAAUUCACUAAGGUACUGGGAGAAAGCUGACAUAAGAAAAUGGUGUUUUUACUGAAAGAAAAAAGGCAAAUAUGAGUCCAAUUUAAUUCAUAUUCUAUAUCAUCAAGUUGACUAAUCAUAUCAGAUUACAUUUAUUCCUCAUUUUAUAUAUAUAUACAUUAACUUAAAGUAAAAAAACAGUAUGAAGGAAUUCACUUAUACAUUCAUUCUAUAAAUGUUUAUUACAAUUAUUAAAUAUAAACAGGUUCAACUUACCUUAAAAAGAAGGCUUGCAAACUUACAGCAAUUGUCAUAUUAGUAGUAAAACAUUUGAUGUUACUAUCACAGUUUCUAUUCAACAUUUUGCUGGAAGCCACACCUGGUGCAGAAAUUAAAAUUAAAUGUAACUAUUAGCAAGGAAGAGACAAAAUUGUUAUCAUACAGUAGGAUUAUCUACUUAGAAAAUCCAAGGACUGAUUUUUUUAAAAAGUCACCAGUUUAGAAAACAAAACAAAGUUUAACCAUCCAAGUAUACACAAAGCAAAGAAAUAUUUAAGAUGAAAAACAAUUAAACUAUAGUCUAUGUUUUCUUCCUCAUGCUGGAACAAAUAUUAAAGAAGCAGUGACUGCUUAUGUUAUAUCUGAUAAAUUUCACAAUCAAAAUUUGAAUGGUAAAUAAAGAUGAAAUUUACAUUAAAUAAUGAAAACCUAGUAGUACUGAUUUAGUCAUUUUAAAGAACAUAAUGCCAAAAUACAUGAAAGAAAAGUAGACAGAAAUGUGAGAGCAGGCAGAAAUGUAUACAUACUUCGAUAGUUUGUUUCUUAUAGAAAUAGGUUAAUAUGGAGACAAAAGGUACUUCUCUAAAAUAACAUCUGUGUUGUAGAGGAUAUGUUGGAGGAUAAUUUCAAAAUAAUGAAAAUUCAAAUCUAUGCAAGCAAAUUUAUGUGAUGAUACCCAAGCAGUACUAUAAAGAAAAAAAUCAUGCUUUAAAUAUCUGUAUUAGGGAUAAGGCGUAAGUAAAUGUUUUCUUUUUUUUUUUUUAAGGAGUUUGUGGUUAGAAUUUAGAAAGAGAACAAAAGAAAUCAAAGUGGAAUAAGAAAACCAAGCAUGAAUGACAAAAAUUAGAAAAAUAUAUGAAACCAUUAAUUGGUUCUUACAGAUUAAAUUGGUAAAAUGUCAGCUCAAUCGUAAAAGUACAAAUUAGUACAUUUAUAAUUGAAUAGGAGAUAUAUAAAAUAAAUCAAUUAGAUUUGAAAAGAGAGAUCUGUCAGCUUGAUGCUAAAAAUUUAAUUACUAGUAUCAAAAUAUCUGGCUCCUUAUAAUGAUAUAAUAUGAUAAAACUGACAUUUAAAAGAGAAUAUGUCCAGACUGGUUAUGAGAAAUAAUCCAUAAAUUGUCAGAAAUAACCAAUUAAAAUGUCAUCUGCUUGUGAUGGCUGUCCUGAGACUUUUCCAAAGUAUCAAAUAACAAAUCAUUUCCAUAUACUCCCAAAGUAUAGAAAAUGAUAGCAAGAUACCCAGUUCCUUUGCUGAAGUAAAUGUAAUUUUCAUUAAAAAAAGUAAAAAGCAAUAUAAAGACAUUUAGGAGAUUCUUAUUUAUGAACAUAGAUGCAAAAAUCCUAAUAAAAUCUCAGAAAAUUGAAUAGAGAAAUAUUUGGAAGAACUGCUAACAUAAUUCUAGAGUUACAAAGUUCAUAUAACAGCUGCAGAACACAUUACAUUAAUAAAAAACAAUAAAAUCGUACAUCACUGUAAUAUACACCAAAAAGGCAUCUGAAAAAGUUCAAUGUCUAUUUCUAAUUAAACUUAAAAAAAAACUCUCUAAAAGUAUGUUUUAGAAGAAAGAAUAAUAGAACCCCAGAAUAUUAGAGCUGUAUGGGGCCUCACAAGUGAUUAAAUUCUAGCCUCAUGUUUUAUAGAUGAAAAACAUAGCCAGGGAGAUUAAAUGACUUACCCAAGGUCACUGAACUUGAUGGUAGGUCUUCUGACUACUAGUCUAGCUUGCUAUUAUCUGUUACUUUUCUUAUAAAUAGAAACAAGGGUGCUUCCUGUCAUUUCUAGUAUUUAGCAUCAUAAAAAAGAAAAGGAAGUAAUUGAAUCCAAUCCAUUUACCCCUGCUACUUCAUCUCUGGUAAGUAACCAGUUGGUCAUCUAGCUUCUGCUUGAAUACUUCUAAUGUUUGGAGAAUCCUUUACUUAGUGGUGGUGGCCAUUUUGGAAAGCUGUACUUGAAAGAUGGUUUUGUGUACUGAACCAAAAAUCUGCCUUUCUGGACCAUCCUGGAAUUGUCGGACCAGUAGCUUCCAAGGUGGGAUGUGUGGAGGUAUGCACAAGGCCAUCCUUUGAGGUAAGGGAAGAAAAUAUCUGUGUAUAUUUAUUUUUUAUCUUAAAAAGAGAAAAUUAGCUUUUUGCUAAUAUUUAAAAUAUGGCUUGAUAUGAGAUAUCUGACUUGGCCUACAUAGCAUACCUAUCAUUUAGCAGGGGUGAUAUUAAAAACAAAAAAUUCUGUGGCUGAAGCACUGACCAAUCAGAAUGAAUGAUGGUCACAAGCAGUCUGGUCCAAAAUCAGCCCUGCACACUAGAUACCUGAGGGAAAACUGGGAAUAACUAAAUGUAAGUUGAUGGUGGUUUGUUUUAUUGCAGUUUAUCUGUGUGUGGUUAAGUGGAUUUAAGGCUUAUCAAAUGAUUCUUGUGAAUAACCACAAAUUGAAGAUAAUACAAUAAAACAAGCACAAGUGAACAAGUGGAAAAUGAUAGAGCCUUUUCCUUAACCUCCCACUAAUCUGUCCUUUCAAGAUAAAGUUACCAUUUUAACAAUGAGUGAGAAAGUGACAACUUUUCUAAAGGAACUAAUUUUAUGGAGAGAGUGUUUUGAAAACUAAUAUUUUGGAGUGUUUUCACCAUUAAACAAUUGCCAAAAACCAGAUAUCUAUAAAAACGUAUUUUUACACACUUAAUAGAGAUAUUCUAACCUAUAAAAUAUUCCAAAAAGGAUCAUUUCCAUGGGUUUAAUUUGUUAAAAAUAUAACACCUUCCUCUUAACAUUUAACAACAACUAAUUGACAUCUGGGAAGAUUAUUAUUGUCAGAUGAGACUGAAAAAUGAGUAUACUUUAGUAAAUCUUCCAUUCAGAUAUCCUUUCAGUUGGAACCCCAUAUCGCCUUACUAUCCUAAUGAAUAGAAAUUCUUGUUAUAACCACAAAAGGAAAUAAAGUAUACCAGUGUAGGAGUGUAGAAAUUAAUUAAAUUAAUUUUUUUUUUCUGCAAGAUGAAAUGACAAUACUUAGAAAACAAGUGAAUUGACCAAAAAAAUACUAGAGGUUAAAAAUGAACUUAGCAAAGUUGCUUUCCUAAAUACAAUUCAAAAUAGACUGAGAUUGAUUGGUAUGGAAUCAUUGAUAUGAUUCCAUCACUAUGACAUUCUGGGAAAGGAGGGAGAACAGAUCUAUGGUGGUUUAGAAGCUGGCGUGGGGAGAUUUACUAUGCAAAGGGGCAGGAAGAAACAUUUGGGUGAGAGCCUUGAUUGCGGUGAUGUAUAUACCUUGUUAGAAUUCACAGAACUGUACACUUUAUAAAGAAAGGUGAAUUUUACUGAAUGUAAAUUCUCUCUCAAUACACUUGACUUUAAAAAGUGGACUGAGAAAAGGUGAUUUCAUUCCCAAAGGGGGCAAAAAUCAGUAUAUACGUGGGUGUUCAUACGAGCAUUAUAAAAUGAAAAGCACAGUGGAGCAAUAAAGGAAGAUCCUUAAUAGUAAGAGCCUCUUCCUGGUUGGAAAGACCAAAGACAGCCAAGCUGACUUUGGGCACACUAGGGCCGUAGCGCGAGGGAGGACUCGUGGUCGGACUGCGCAGGUGGGUUCCUGCCCGGGGGCGGGGCCUCGGGAGCGCGGGGCCUCGGGAGCCCUGGGCCUACGGAGCGCUGGGCCUCGAGAGCCGGCUGCUGGGGACCCAAGUUCCAAGGUCUGGAGGCCGAGGAGACAUGGCCACCACCCGUGACGCUGAGAUCCGGAAGGACGUGCAGACCUACUACGGGCAGGUGCUGAAGAAAUCAGCAGACCUCCAGACCAAUGCGUGUGUCACUGCAGCCAGGCCAGUCCCUAAGCACAUCCGGGAAGCCCUGCAGAAUGUAAAUGAGGAAGUAUCCUUGAGAUAUUAUGGCUGUGGUCUGGUCAUCCCUGAGUGUCUGGAAAACUGCUGGGUUUUGGACCUGGGGAGUGGAAGUGGCUGAGACUGCUAUGCACUUAGUCAGCUGGUUGGUGAGAAGGGACAUGUUACCGGAAUAGACAUGACAGAAGGUCAGGUAGAAGUGGCUAACAAGUACAUUGAAUAUCACAUGGAAAAAUAUGGCUUCCAGGCACCCAAUGUGACUUUUAUUCAUGGCUACAUAGAGAAGUUAGGAGAAGCUGGAAUCAAGAAUGAGAGUUAUGAUAUUGUUAUAUCCAGUUGUGUCAUUAACCUUGUACCUGAUAAACAGCAAGUGCUGCAGGAGGUAUAUCGAGUGUUAAAGCACGGUGGGGAGCUAUAUUUCAGUGACGUCUAUGCUAGCCUUGAAUUGCCAGAAGAAGUCAGGACACACAAAGUUUUAAGGGGUGAGUGCCUGGGUGGUGCUUUGUACUGGAAGGACCUUGCUAUCCUUGCCCAAAAAAUUGGGUUCUGCCCUCCACGUUUGGUCACUGCCAAUUUAAUUACAGUUCAAAACAAGGAACUAGAAAACAUGAUCUGUGACUGCCGUUUUGUUUCUGCUACAUUUCGCCUUUUCAAACUCCCUAAGACAGGACCAACCAAAAGAUGCCAGGUUAUUUACAAUGGAGGAAUCACAGGACACGAAAAAGAACUAAUAUUUGAUGCAAAUUUCACAUUUUAGAAAGAUGAAACUGUUGAAGUGGACGAAGAAACAGCAGCUAUCCUGAAGAAUUCACGAUUUGCCCAAGAUUUUCUGAUCAGGCCAAUUGGAGAGAAGUUGACGACAUGUGGAGGCUAUACUGCUCUUGAAGCAAAGGAUAUAAUAAAAGAUCCAUUCAAGCUUGCAGAAGGGUCUGACAAUGCGAAGUCCAGAAGUCCCCCUGAAGCUGCCAGCGGCUGCUGAGGCACAGAGAAGUGCUGCUAAAACAACAGCUGACCAGAAGACAGUGGGCAGGAGGUGAAAGAAUGAGUUACACGUCUUAACCUGCUCUUCCCCACAGCCCAUACCACAAGAAAGAAUAAAAGGCAAAACUCCACCGUAUUUUAGAUUAAAAUUAAUGAAUUAUUUUUACAAAGUAUUAAUUAAAGGUUCACAGCAAAAUCAUCUAAAGACUAGUUAAGCAGUUUUUCUCUUAACUGAGUCUGGUGCCACCUAGUGGCAAGAAAUGGAACUGAGAAGCAGUCUGAAAGCUUGGCUGAUGGGCAAGAAAGGCUUCGGAAAUAACAGUUGGCCAAGGGCCUCAGGGAGAACAUCUUCCUUCUGACCUGCAUAGCACCUUUUGGACUUUUCACCAUGUUUUUUCAUUAAACAGAGCUCCUACUGAACUCAUGCUAAUCAUGCCAAAAGAUUGCCAAAUCAAAUUUGGUAGGAGUGCUCUUGAGGUAAUUGGUCUUUUAAAUCAAACAAUUUUUUUUCUUCUUUUUAAUGUGCAGUUGAAUGAAGAAAACAAACAGGUAAUCAUUUUUUGACCUCAGUUUACCCUAAUGUGUGACAAAAUAAUGACCAUCUGCAGUAAAUCUUAACCGGAUCAGGAAAAGAGUUUGAUAAUUUUUUUUUUUUUGCAGUACGCAGGCCUCUCACCGUUGUGGCCUCUCCCGCCUCAGAGCACAGGCUCCGGACGCGCAGGCUCAGCGGCCAUGGCUCACGGGCCCAGACGCUCCGCGGCAUGUGGGAUCUUCCCGGACCGGGGCACGAACCCGCGUCCCCUGCAUCAGCAGGCGGACUCUCAACCACUGCGCCACCAAGGGAAGCCCAAGUUUGAUAAUUUUUAAAAGACAAGCUAGGAGAUGUAAAAAUGGUAGGUUUUCUUUUCCUUUAUAAGCUGCCCUGGUUAAACUUUUAGGAAAGUAUUAAAUUUAGUUCUAGUUUCCAUAGUUAAAGAAGAAGAUUGAGGAAUAUUUCAAGGAUGGUUAUAUCAUUAGAAAUUAAGAGCAUUAAGGGAAGGUUCAAGAGUGAGUAAAUAAAUUGAAGACCAGUUGUACCUGAAGACUUUGUCAGGGGCACAGAAAGUGUAAGUCAUAUAUAAGCCAUGGUCCUUGUCAUCGGGAGCUGAUAGUUCAGUUUUUAAAUAACAGCCUUUAAGCAAUGAAGAAUUUUAAUAAGAAAAUCUCAACUAGUCGCUCAGAGCUCAGUGCAAAAAGAAUAAGAGGGGAGGGACUUCCCUGGCGGUCCAGUGGUUAAGACUCUGCUCUUCCAAUGCAGGGGGCGUGGGUUCCACCCCUGGCUGGGGAACUAAGAUCCCACGUGCCACAUGGCACAGCCAAAAAAAAAAAAGGGGGAAAUUGGCAUGACCCAAGAAAUUUUUUCAUUAGAGGUAUGGGAAUACAAGAGGUCUUGUAAAACAUUGGAAUGAAUUUUACAGGACAGACCCCUCUUUUAACAAAGCUGUUCAAAAUGGAGAAAUUCUCAGAUUUCUGAGUGGGUUCAGCUGUAGACCCUAACUUAUUACUACAAAGCGAGGAAAGGGCAGAUGGUAUCUUUUAAGCCCGAUUCAUCUGUGUGACCUUGAUUCUAAACAGUGCUUUCUUGGUUCUAGCGUUCAAUAUCUACCCAAUCAUAACCUACUUCAGUGACAGCAUUAGUUAGAAUGGUACAGCUGGGAUUAGGCAUACUUUACUAUUCAUGAAUGCUCGAUGGUCCUGAGAGGGGAAAAGGUGAAAAGAAAGAGUGUUCUGGUUAUUUGGUUUAUUAGGCUUUUCAAAAUUUAUGAGGAAGAGGUAUUAGCCUUAGCUUGUCAUUCUGAACUUCUCAGUUCCCCCAAAAGAUGUUGAGUGAUGAUAUUGGUCUAGAAAUUCACAUUGUUCUUUUCCUAAGAAUAACAUACUUUAGGGCUUCCCUGGUGGCUCAGUGGUUAAGAAUCCGCCUGCCAAUGCAGGGGACACGGGUUCAAGCCCUGGUCUGGGAAGAUCCCACAUGCCGCGGAGCAACUAAGCCCAUGCACCAUAACUACUGAGUCUGUGCUCUACAGCCCACAAGCCACAACUACUGAGCCCGCGUGCUACAACUACUGAAGCAGGUGUACCUAGAGCCCGUGCUGCACAACAAGAGAAGCCAGCACAAUGAGAAGCCCGUGCAGCACAAUGAAGAGUAGCCCCCACUCGCCGCAGUUAGAGAAAGCCUGUGCCCAGCAACAAAGACCCAAUGCAGUCAAAAAUAAAUAAAAUAAAUAAAAAUUAAAAAAAAAGAAUAACAUACUUUAUACAUUAUUUUCAUUUAUUAAAAAUAUACAUUUUGGGCUUCUCUGGUGUCGCAGUGGUUGAGAGUCCACCUGCCGAUGCAGGGGACAUAGGUUCGUGCCCCGGUCCGGGAAGAUCCCACAUGCCGCGGAGCGGCUGGGCCCGUGAGCCAUGGCCGCUGAGCCUGCGCAUCCGGAGCCUGUGCUCCGCAAUGGGAGAGGCCACAACAGUGAGAGGCCCGUGUACCGCAAAAAAACAAAAAACAAACAACAACAACAACAAAAUAUAUAUAUACAUUUUAAGAAUUGUAUUUGAUCUGGAAUCUAGAAAAGAUAUAUAUUAGACAAUAUAAAAUUAAAGUAGAUAUGUUUUACCCAGAGAAAUGCCAUAAACAGUUACUUAAAUAUUCAAAAAUAGGUGAAAUAGACAACUAGGAAUAUUUGAUCCUUAUGAGAGUGAGAGGCAGUAUGGAAUGAUGAUUAAGAGCAAAAAGCUGACGCCAAACAUUUUCGUUUUUUCCCUCUUAACUCUGCCAUUUAGCAUUUUGGCCUUGAGAAAAUAAUUUAACAUCUCUGUGCCUUCGUUUCAUCUGUAUGAAGUUCUCUGAAAGAGCGCGUGGCACAUGGUUUAGAUUAUUAUUAGUUUAGAUCUACUGAUACAUGGUUGCUGCGAGCAUGUGAUGUCAGGACCAGCUAAAGACCAAUGCUUCUUUUGCUGCCAGGACGUGGUUUAUGAAGCUGCCUGUAGGUCUUUUGACAGCGGGCAGCUUUACCUCCAACAUUUUAUUAGAACCAUUUUCAAAUAUACAGAAAAGUUUAAAGAAUUAUAGUGAUGACCCCUUUACCCACCACCUAGAUUAUAUACUUGUCAACCUUCUGCAAUCAUUUAAUACGUUUUAACAUAUUUACUAACAGCAGUGCCAUAGAAACAGAGGCCUAAUUCUUCCCUCGCCACAAACCUUUUUCAAAAGAUAUUGGACUUAAAGAGUUAAAGGAGCAGAUUUUCUCUUAAUUGAUUAUUGUAUCAAAUACAGUAUUUUCAGUGCUUCAUUAUCGCAGGGGGAGGAUUUAUUAAAAAUCAUGGAAGCCUGCAGAGGCUUUUCAGCUUUUACCUGCUGGGGGAGGCACAGCAGUAGCCUAAACAGGACCCCUACCCCCACACCCCUUAAGGCACACAUGGCUUUAAAGGUCAUGCCAAGACAGCAGCAGAACCCUCUCCUCUUAACUGAUUCUUGGCCUUUCUUCUGAUGGCUCCCAACCUUAUUAGGUUGGGAGACCUAUUACAUGAGUUCAGCAAGAAAUAUGAACCUAUCUAUCCAUUUCUUUGUAAAACAAAGAAUGUUGCUUGCUGUCAGGUUCUGCAAAGAUUAAGUUGUUAGCUACUGCUGCCACUGAUGACAGUACACCCUGAAAGGAAUUCAGGACGAAAAACAGGAUGAACCACUCUGUGCUUUGGAAAAACAGGUCCCUUAGAUAGUUAGAUAUAGCUCAAGAAAAAUUUUUAUGAACCCAGAUUCUUACAUCUUUACAUACAUAGAAAAGCACUAAAAUGAUUAACUGAGAUAUCUGUUCCUUGUGACUAGCAGUAACCUUUCACUGAGAUGUAUGCUUGAUUACACAUAUUCCCCAGACAAAAUCAUCUUUACACUGGAUUCUCCCCCUAGCUCUUUAGAGCAGUCCCCCCAGAGCUACCAAGAGGCUGAUUCCCAGGCUAGAGUCCUCAGUAAGACCCUGAAUAAAACUCAACUCACAACUCUUACGUUGUGUAUUUCUCUUUCAGUCGACAUUUUCAUUAAGUCACUAAAUAUUAACUAUGUACCUACUGUGUAGCAGGCACCAUCCUAGGCCUGGAUUGCUAACAAUGGAAUACUAUGCACCCCGGGGGCCAACAGGAUAAAAACAGCCAGGCAUAUUUUCUGAACUUUGUUGGUACCUGUCCUCACUUCUGUGCUUUGCCAAGUUUCUUCAAUUGUACACAUGCCACAAUUUGGAUCUAAACAGGGUUUCUUUUGUAGACCCUGCCCUAAGAGUCAGCAGAGGGAGGUCUCACUAGAUAGUCAGAAUGAACUCUUUUGUAAAUAUGAAGCUGGAAGUAGACAAUCCUAAUAAUAACCCAUGACUUGAGCUUUACUGCUUCAUUCCAGUCUCUGUUCAACUGCUGAUCCUGCAGUUCCCGUAAGCACAGCUCCCACUGAGGUUAAUGGGAGUGUUCUGCGAAUGUAAGUUUUGUACUUCAUCUUCUGCCGAGUGAGCCUUGCUUGUCUUGGAUGGUUGACCGUCGUCCCGAUCCCCUUCCCCAACAGGCCACACUAGUCCCUCCUUUCAUGUAGCAGAGCCGUACAGCAGUGACAGGCUCCAGGUGAAGGGAAAAUCAAUUGAGGACAGAAGUGUUCUGUCCGUUGCCUCAUAUAAUAGCAGAGUGCCUCCUAUAUACUGUCCAGAAGCCAGAGAGAGUAAAAAAGUAGAAUGGUGAAUUGAUGAUGUUCUGGGUGCUCUGUAAGCCAGACUUGUGUCCUCUGACUUUGCAAACUAGGCUGAAAGCCGUUAACCUUCUUCUCAUUCAUGGAAGGAAAAGUGAUGCAGGAGACAGAAAGCAGGUGUUCUUUCUAGAUCUGACUCUACUGCUGAAUUAGCUACUUGCCCCUCGGAAAAUCAUUUGUCCACUUUGGGGUUCGCUUUCUCCAGCUGUAAAAUGAGGUUUUGAACUUGGCAUACUCUAAGUUCCCUUCCAACUCAGACACAGACUUAUAGGUCUAGAUUCUGGAGAGGUUACAGAAUUUAAAAAAAUUGUUUGAACUAGUUGCCCACAUUUAUAAACCAGAAGGUUUUCCAUAACAUAUGAAUUUCUGGCUUCUCUUGAAAAAUUGGCAACAUGAGCUCUGCAUUUUGCACAGCUGCCAUGGCCCCAGUGAGUAUUGGCUCCCCUGUUACACAGGGAGUGUCCCUUUAGGCACCGUCCCUACCCAGUCAAUGUUGCCGACCCCUGUAGGCUUUUUGAGUUUGUGGCCCCAUUUUAGGACUAGAAUUAGCACAGUGUCAUCAAAAUUAAAAGUGAGGGUAUUUUCCCCAUUAUAGUUCAAAUGAUGGCAGGCCUAUGGCUUAAUCUAUGACUCUGACUUACAUGUUUAAUUCAUUACAAGCAGAAGCCAAGAAGGGCACGUGGAGCUUGGCAGGGAUGCUCACAGGAGGGAACCAAAGAGCACUGGAGCUGCUUAUGGUAAUUUGACAUAUAACUCAGAGCCUGUUUGUGUUAGGUGAGGCGUCCUGGACGGUUUAUUCUCUGUUCUGAGUUAACAAGCUUCCAUCACAUCCCUUUCUUUGUGAAUAGGAAAUGAGCAUCCUCAGGAAAGCAGAGCCUCAAAAUGUCAAGUUGCUCGGGAGGAAAGGUUUGCACAGCAAGCGCAGAAGGAUUGGUAUGGCUUCUAGGCUUAGUAGUUAAUCUUGUAUUAACUGUCCUUAUUUUCUUUUUCUUAUUAACCUUAUUCCUUUCAAGGGACCUAACUAGGGAAAUGUUGUGAAGGAGGUGUUUUUAUUUUUGCUUUUCAAUCAUGUAACAGGAGCCCAUGAGGCAACCCUUUACAAAUGGUGAUUUCUCAUGGUAAAGAGGAAAAUUCAUUGCUUCGUGUGCUAUUUAUAAACCAUGCCAAAUAUCCCCAGUUGUUUCUUUUCUGAAGAGAGCUCCCCUAUGCCUCCCUCAUAAUGCUGAUUUUUCAGAGGAGAACACUGAGGCUGAUUUUAAAUGACUUGCACGGUGGGAGUACAGUCUAAGACGGGUUAGAACCAAGACUACACCUAGCUCUUCUGACUCCUGGCGUACCCCUGCAUCAGAGGGUUUGUCCUUGCUCUCCUUUCGGGGAUUCCCAAAUUUUAAAAUAUAGAAUUAAAAAGGGAAAUAAUUACUAUAAAAGUAAAGAUAAUGGUUACAUCUAGGGUAGAGAACAUGUGUGUGAUCUGGAAGGGCUAUAUAGGGGUUUUCUCAACUAGGGGGUGGCUCCCGUUACCAUUAUAAACAAUUACAAAGUGAACAUAAGGGGCUUCCCUGGUGGCACAGUGGUUGGGAAUCCGCCUACCAAUGCAGGGGACACAGGUUCGAGCCCUGGUCCGGGAAGAUCCCACAUGCUGUGGAGCAACUAAGCCCAUGCACCACAACUACUGAGCCUGAGCUCUAGAGCCCACGAGCCACAACUACUGAGCCUACGUGCCACAACUACUGAAGCCUGCGCAUCUAGAGCCUGUGCUCCGCAACAAGAGAAGCCACUGCAGUGAGAAUCCCACGCACUGCAACAAAGAGUAGCCCCCGCUCGCUGCAACUAGAGGAAGCCAGCGCACAGCAGCGAAGACCCAAUGCAGCCAAAAAUAAAUAAAUUAAAAAACAACAACAACAAAGUGAACAUAAUCUUUGCCUGGGACUGUCCUAGUUAGCUUCAAACUAGGUUAAUUACUGAUAGUACCUUUUUUUCCACUCUCAAACAGGUUCUGUUUUAAAUGAUAAAUUAUGUGGUCAGCUACUAUACAUUUAUGCUUUAUGAACCUUUAUAUAUGUUUAUUAUAUGUCAAAAACUUUUUUAAAGUUAAAAAAUAUAUAUCCAGAAAUCUGACCUAUGUUCAGGGGGCCAAGGCCCACCUGGGAAACCUUGUGUUUGCUCUAAGAAUCAUGAUUACUGCACAGACCACCGUGGCCACAGCUGUGAUUCAGGUGUGGACUUCCAGAGUUGGGGGUUGUGGUGUUCCAUCUUGGUUUUCUGGGGGCUUCUGUGGCAUGAGAUAGUCGUCUCUGUUUGUUUGUCCUAUAUGUUGCUGGAGAAGUGGUGUAUCCCUUAGUCAUAGUUGUGAAAGUCAGUCAAGAUAAUAUGUGAGAAAGUGCUUUGUAAACUGUGAAGAUUUUUUUCUGCAUGGAGUGGUAGGAGUUCCCUAAAUCCAAUUGGCAGGCAGGGCCUCAGCAUCGCUGCACUGGCACCUGUCAGUUAAUCUUCUUGUAAUACAGCUCCUCUACUUAGAACAUUCUAUAGCUCCUGAAGAAUGAAAUCUAAACUCCUAAACUUGGCAUUCAACCCACCCCAACCAACUUUCCAACAUUAUUCUUGCUGUUCCUCUUCAAGGGCCAUAGAACCAAAUUCAAGCAUAUGGUGUUCUAAAAAUGCUGCUCCCUUUCCAACCUCAUCUCACACUUUUCUCUCCAGUAGAAUGCCUUUUUCCUCUUUCUUUUCUCUCAAUCCCUUUUUCUUGGACUGAAUAUUUGUCCCUCCUCCUUGCAUUCAUAUAUCGAAGCCCUAACCCCCAGAGUGCUUGUAUUUGGAGAUGAAGCCUCUAAGGAAGUAAUUAAGGUUACAUGAGGCCAUAAGGAUGGGGCCCUGAUCCAACAGGAUUAGUGUCCUUAUAAGAGAUACCAGUGAGCUCUUGCUCUCUCUCCAUGUAUGCACUCAGAGGAAAGGCCGCUUGAGGACAAAGGGGUCAUCUGCAAGUCAGGAAGAGAGCUCUCACCAACAACCGACCUCACAGGACCUUGAUCUGGGACUUCAGACUCCAGAACUGUGAGAAAAUAAAUUUCUGUUGUUUAAGCCACCCAGUCUAUGGUAUUUUGUUAGGAUAGAGCAGACUAAAACACCGGUUCUUUGAGUAGCUUUUUCAUCUGCAUAUCUAAAAAUGUCUCUAUUCUAACCUAUUUUUAGUUCCUCUGGGAUACCUAUUUGUUUAUUUUAAAUAUCUCAAAGACCAACUCAAAGACCAUGGAGCUUCCCUCGAUUCCUGCAUUUUAUUUUGUAUUUCUUUUUAAGACAUUCAAUGUUCUAUCCUGCACUAUGUAGUUAUUUAGUACAUGUUUGCUGACCUCCUUACUAGUAAGUUUUUGGGGUAACCUCUGAUUCAAUAUUAUAGCUCCACAAUGCCUAGUACAGCGCCUGGAGCUUAUUAGAUACACAAUCUAUAUAAGUUGAAUGAGGGAACAAAUGAAUGAAAAAGAAAAAAAGAAAUGGGGUGAGAAAUAAGACACAAA